CCCUAUGGUGCCGACCUUAUCCUAAAAGCUUGCAUUCUAUGUGGUCCAUAUUGGUAGCCGUUUGCAUGUGCAGUCAGGACUCGGUAAAAACUAGACAAUACAGCACAACCACCUUUCUACGAUGAAAACCAUGACAACUUUGAAACUGAAUUCUGGUCAGUUCAUGAUUCUAUUUUCCAAUGUCACCCGGUUCAUCUCGUUCUCGCCCUCCUAUCUUACCCUCAGUCACCAACAUCCUCUACCUUUUUUAUCAACGUUUCAUCGUACUCAUAUUCAGUCCCCAACACUUGUGAAGUCAUAUUCUCAUCCAAUACCUGAUUCUGAUGACCAAGUUGAAGACCUAUGUAUUCCAGAUCAUUGGUUAGAGCCAACCAUGGCCUUGCAGGAAUCAGAAUGGCUUAGGAUUACUUUGCAUAAAUGGUUGGAUGAUGAGUACUGUCCAGAGGAAACAAAUGUUGAGAUUAGCCGGAUUGCUGCACAAUCAUACUACAACUCUUUACUACAAAAGCAAACAGAUCUUGGUGAGAUUUUAUUGAAGAUGGCUCUUCAAUUAGAAUCUAUCUCUUAUAAAGAAAGUUUUCAUGGGGCUUUUUCGUCGGCUAAUGCUGCUGUUAACUUGAUUGCAGAAAGAAUAGAGCAACUUUGAAAUUACUUGAAUUUGUUUUUGCUCAACUUGUUUUUGUUAAUUUGUAGUUAAAUGAUGAUAUAAAUCUGGUCUUGCUAAUUUCUGUAUGUGAUCUUGUGAUCUUAGACUAUUGUUUUAGGAAUAUUAUGAUGCUUAUUUCUUAUAGUAGCCAAUAAAUGAACCAAAAUUAUGCAAAGAAAUCUGUCUGCAUACUCAGCUAGGUUAGUUGAGGGAAAAAAAAAUCUAAUAUGACAAAAUCCAUUGAAGCCAAAGUUGUUGCAUAGGUUUUCCUUACAAGCUCAAGUGAAUUAAGUUCACGAUGUAUAUAAAUCAAACAGGAAACGAAAGAGAAAAGGCAAGGAAAUGCAGAAAAAAUUCGAAAAAGAAAACGAAAUCCUUUAUAUAUUCGCGCGUUGAUUAAUUGAAAAAUCUGUUAAAUAGGCAUGUGAAAUAUAAGGUCCAAAGAGAAGCGCGUUUUAGGGAUAAGGGAUAUUGAGGACUUGUAAGACUUGUAUAGGAAAAAGACUUGUAUGUGGAGAUUUUCUGUAAAUCAAACAUAUUUUGGAUGAACCAAAAAUUGGGCAAAUUUUAUCCUAAACAUUCUCUGUUUACAUUUAACUCCUUUUCUAGAUAGCUUUGUGUUAACCUGUAUUUUUGUAUGUUUGUCCUACAAUAGUUACCAAAUGGGGCCUUAAAGUUUAAUUUUUACUCUUCAAAAUUCUUUUCUCCCUCCCUUUCCCCUCAAGAACAACACUUCAUAAACAAACAAUUAGGUUCAAGUUUCAAGUUUUAACUUCCAAUCAUUAGACAAAGUUCAAGGUGAUGUAAACUAUAUUUGUAUAUGAAUCUUUUUUAAGUGUGGUUCCCUUCGCCAAGUAAUAUAUGGGAGGCAGCUGUAAGUGUUAUCAUGAGGAGGCCUACUGAUGGAAAGUUGAUUGGUUUCAUUAUUGAUAGUGAGAUUUCUGUCAAAGUUAUUUUACAUCUUUUCAUGGGUGAGUAUACUCUAAGCAUAUAAGCAUCUUUCUAUACAUUAUAAAGUAAACAAAAGGAUCCAAUUAUUGUAUCAAAGAGGAGGUAAUGAAUGACACGAAAUGACUGUGGUCUAGAAAAGAUUAUCAAAUGUCUAUUCAGAAAGUGGGGAAUCUUUUCUGGCUCAUUCCAAUUGAAAAGUGAUUGCUGAUUUAUCAUUCUAUGAAAUUGUUUAAACCAUAAUCGUAGGAAAAAGUAAUUAGAAAAAAAUAUCUUGAACUUUAAUGUUCUUGACAGUGAAAAAGUAACAUCUGUUUGGCUGAACUAAUUAGGGAGAUAAGUUGCAAAUGGGGAUGCUCAC